UUUGUUUUGCAGUGUUAAUUAAUUGUUCACUAAAGUGGAGUUAACUUUUAAUUGACCUUCUUGUGUGUGAUUUCUUUUUCCUAUAUAGUGUGAUUUUAUUGCAUAUUUUAUACCAUAAGCAUCAUAAAGGGAGUAUCAAUAGGAAAGUAACAACAGGAACCCAGGGCCCCUCUCAAUAGAAGUGGGACGGGUGUUACACAAAUUGGAGGCACCGCUGGGAUACUUCCGUGCUCAACUUUUCUAGUUUGUUCUUUAGAGGGAUAUUUGGUUUGCAGAUUUGCACAGCUUAGCACACCAGCAUUAAGGUUUGUAGGAUGACUGCUCAAAAAGAGUCUCAAUUUGCACCUGAGCUUAGACCCAAACAGGGCUUUUAUACUGCAUGAUGUUCCUACUGACUUUGACUUAUCAGACAUUGAAGAGACCGCUCAGUCAAUAAAAGCUUUCGGGAGAGUAAAAGUGAGAGAUAGACUAACAGACACCCAGACAGGUGAUAACCUUGUGCUGUGUGAAUGCCGCCAGGAUAUACAGCCAGACCGCAUACCACCACAUGUGCAGCCAUUGAACGGAGGUCCUGCAUGGAAAAUUUUUCUCCUCACUGAAUCUGUGAGGUCAGCUGAUGACUUCUCAGCCAAGCUUAAGAAACUAAUGGUAGAAGAAGGUAAAACCAUUGAUGAUGUUACUGCCUUGCUGUCUAGUGAAACCCCACAGGAAAACUCCCCUGAAGCCAUCAUUCGGGCAGUCGGAGACUUGUUAGCGAAAACUAUGCGACCUACCAGUGAGAAUACUCCAUCUCGACGUCUGCGGACAUUUUCUGGCCACUCUCCGACGCCAGCCGGUGAAGAGAGCCUUGAUAGCUGGGUUGAGCAGGCUCGCCUGAUGAUUGAAGAGUGCGACUGCUCUGAGCGAGAGAAGCGAAGGAGAGUAAUUGAGAGCCUAAAGGGACCGGCGUUGGAAAUCAUCCAAGCUGUACGGGGAGAUAAUCCUGAUGCCAGCCCGGAGAGCUAUGUAGAGGCUCUAGAAAGUGCAUUUGGAUCCCUGGAGACUGGCGAAGACUUGUACGUCGCCUUCAGGAGCCUGGGUCAACUGCGAGGUGAAAAGCUGUCAGACUUUCUGAGAAGAUUGGAACACUCUUUGACCAAAGUAGUACAGCGAGGGGGUCUGCCUAGCCAUCGAGUCGACCGUGCCCGUAUUGACCAGCUUAUACGGGGUGCAACUGAGUCAGAGAUGAUGUUACUGCAGCUAAGACUCAGAGAGAGGAAAGAGGAACCACCUACUUUCCCGAGGCUGCUCAGUGAGAUUCGAGAAGAAGAAGACCAUGCAAGGGUGAGGUAUGAGUCAAACACCACAGUUAGACAAGUGAAUGUUGGCAAAGAGACCAAAGACAAAUGAA